CUGCUUUUCUUAUGUACUAGAUCUCAGUACUUUUCCCUCCUCUGCCGUAUGAAAGCUAGUUUGUCCGUUCGGCUUCCGUACAAUGACAAAGGAGAAGUCGGAAGCUCGUCUGACAAUGAGGUUUUCGGGGCGUGUCAGCUAACCUGUAAAUAAUAAAAACUGAGGCUUCAAACACAAGUGUUCCUGCGACGGAAAGACCCUUGAACACUUGAAGUCCAUCAGAAGAUUGUCUGUCAACACCAUGGCAUCACCAUCACCAAACCCUCUAUCCAAGGCCAACACCAACUUUGCUCUGGCUUUGCUCAAAAAGUUAGGCGAUAAUGACAAUACCACGAAUGUCUUCUACUCCCCUUUUAGCAUCUCCUCAGCCCUAGCUAUGGUGAUGAUGGGGUCUAGGGGCAACACAUCCACACAGAUGUCAGAGUGCCUGAAAACCAAAUGCUUGCAGGAUGAGGUCCAUACGAGCUUCGCCAAACUGCUGUCAGAACUGAACAAGGCAGACGCUCCCUUUGCCCUCAAUGUCGCCAACAGGCUGUUCGGGGAACAGUCUUACCAGUUUGUUGAGGAUUUCUUGGGGAAAACCGAGAAGCACUACAGUGCAAAGCUGGAGUCUAUGGACUUUGUAAACAGCUCAGAAGCGGCGAGAGUCCACAUCAACAACUGGGUGGAGCAGGAGACACAAGGUAAAAUUAAGGAUGUGUUGGCCAAGGAUGUGGUGGACACAAUGACCAGGCUGGUGCUGGUCAACGCCAUCUACUUCAAAGGAAACUGGGACAAACAGUUCAAGGAGGAUUCUACUGUUGAUGCUCCGUUUAGAAUGAACAAGAAAGACACCAAACAAGUGAAGAUGAUGAACCUAAAAGCAAAGUUCCCUUUCACCUACAUCCCUGCAGCCGGCUGCCAGAUCCUUGAGAUGCCUUACAAAGGAAAGAGCCUCAGCAUGCUCAUCUUUUUGCCCAUGGAGAUUGAGGACAGUACAACAGGUCUGGAGAAGCUGGAGAAACAGCUGACUUAUGAGAACUUUACAGAGUGGACUUGUCCAAGUAUGAUGGAUACAGUUGAGGUCAGGGUGAUGCUGCCUCGGUUUAAGAUGGAGGAGUUUUAUGAUCUGAAAAAUGUCCUGGUCAGCAUGGGCAUGGCAGAUGCCUUCGACAAGGCAAAGAGUGACUUCUCAGGCAUGUCCCCUGAAAACGACCUGGUUCUGUCAAAGGUCGUCCACAAGGCUUUUGUGGAGGUCAACGAGGAGGGAACUGAGGCUGCUGCCGCAACUGCUGCAAUCAUGAUGAUGCGAUGUUUGCCGAUGAUAGAGAAAUUCAAUGCAGACCACCCCUUCCUCUUUUUCAUCCGACACAACCCUUCCAUGAACAUCCUCUUUGCUGGCAGAUACUGCUCCCCUGAGUGAGCGCUACAUCGUUAAGAGCAGUGGUUCUUAACCAAAGGGGGUUUACAAUACAUUGCAACAGUAUCACAUUUCUCUUGUAUAACUAGAACAUAAUUUGAAAAGCACUUCAAGAGUUUCCUUUAGCUAUUUACAAUCAAGUUCCCCUCCCAUGUUUGAAAAAUGUAGGAUGAUGAGUAAAAUGUUGGAUUUUAUGAGUGAAUGAAAGAUUCUGUGUUCAUCCUGAAUAUUCGGUUUGGCACUUUUUGUAUUUUGCACCUAAUCUCUUCAGCCUUAAGACCUUGCUUACUUUAUGUCUGUGAUGGAAGUAUGGCUGCAGCCUUACACCCUACCCUAUUUCAUAUAUACCAAUCACGUCUGAAGUCUAUAUCAUCUAUCACCCUUUGCAAGAAUUGCCUUUAUCACAAUUAUCUAUGUUGUUUGUUUUGUAUCUGCUAUAUGAAAGAUCUAUAGCUCUAUAAAACAUGCAAUUUCCGCAUUUUCGAUAUGUUCAGUUAACCAAAGAAAAUAAUGAGAUUACAGCACUUUGUCGGAUAGAUACCUUUGCAGAUUAUACAUAUAUUCUAUAAAAAGCAAAAGCUUACAUGAGGGUUUGAACUGUGGUGGAAUCCAGCUCAUUAUGUUUUGCCAAAGAAAUAAAAGUGUGCUGUUUCCAAA